AGCUGUGAACCCUCGGAUUUGCAAUAUAUCAUAUUUAUGUGUGAUUUUUAUCUUUGUUCAUAUACACUCACGUUUACUGUUAUGCACAGUCCACUGUACUUUGAUUUCUUUUUCUUUAAAGCUCUUUGCUUUUUACACUCAAACAUGUUCACUCUUUUUCUUACACUUAAUCUAACCUUUACAGAAAUUCUGUCUCAUAUUGUUUUAACUGCUUGACCAUUUUUCUACCCGAACGGGCCUCGUACGAUCUCUAACAGUACUUUAAACACAUAUUUAACACGGAGGUGUCAUUAACAGAUAUUUCAAGAUACUUUUUUUUCUUUUAUCAUCUUGUUUGCCACCAACUCUUUUAAUAAAGUCCCCAUACACCAUAAGUUUGGUUUAUUUACCAUUCACUUUAAUAUUGCAUUCUGAUAAGAAUAAUCAUAUGCCAAAUUAUGUAAUAAAUAGGUCUUUCUUACAAUGAUUUUAUUUGCAAAACUAAAUACACAUAUUUAGACAUAUGUAUAUUGUAUUAAACAUUUAUUGAUAUGUGAUCAUGUAUUUGCUUAUAACAGGUCAACUGUACAAUCGUCAUGUAAAUUUACAUCUUGGCAACAUGUCUUGAUUAUCUAAAUACACGGCUGAUGCUGAUAUGCGAUCACGGUCAUUUCUUUACUUCUGACAGAUCAACUGCAUGUUCGUUAUGUCAAUUUUUACAUUUUCGCAACCUGUAUUUAUUAUCUUAAUACACGGCUGGUGCAAAUAUUUGAAUUUUACCCUAAUUAUAUAAAGAAAUAUACAAUGUUAUAAAUUUGUUAAUUUAACAAGCGAACCUGGGUAUAUAUAAAUUGUAUAAGGGUUCGGUCAUUAAUAUGUCAAUUAAAUAUAUGCAUUACCAAUGGAAUUGAGGGCAUUCACACGUGUGGACAGAAAUUCUGAAAAGCAUGUUAUACUUUGUUUUCAGGUGUACCGCCAUCAGGUGUCAAGAAAACCAACUGGAUAUGGUUAAUCAUCUUUUUAGUUUGUUUUGUGUUGCUUGUCGCUUUUAUAGUUUUAAUCAUAUGUCUGCACAAACGUUGUAAGACAGAGGAGACUAAGAAAGCUCGAGAAAAGAAAGUUCUUAUAUCUGAGGAACAUCCACUUGGUGAAAUGUCAAUUGCAUUAGACGCACCAGCUUCAAUGGAGAGAGUACCCGAGGGAUAUAUAGAUCUUGAAAAUGAGUUUAUUGUUUCACCAAGAAGAUUCAAAAAGAAAGACAUGAUGAAUCCAAUGAACGAGACUUCUAUGAAUCUCAACUUUAAAGAAAAGUCCUGGGUUGGGCUCACCCACAGGAAAAGCGUUGUAUCAAUGGACCCAUUUUCCGAGAUGGACAGUGGUGUCGUACUUCCUAUAAGCUCUUUCGGAAGCAAAACAGCAAGAAGUGUCGGCAGCAAGACAGCAAGGAGCAUGAGGUCACCAACAAAACAGAAGUCUUUCUUACUGAAUAGUGCAAGGACGCCCCAUCCCUACAUGAACGGUGAUGUAAAGCAACCAUUGGCUAUAACAGACGGACGUAGUCCAUAUCCAAUUGUAAAGGACGACGACGACUUAUUCGAUGCCAAAUCAUUUAGAAAAGAGUCAAUGACCCGGAGUAAGAGCAUAUACGCAUCAAGCGUUCGCGCACCGAGUGUGCACGCACCAAGUGUUCGUGCGCAAAGUGUAAAAGCUUCGAGUGUCCGUUCCAAAAGUGUAAUAGCACCUAGCAUCCGUGCACCAAGCGCCGGUGCUCCAAGUGUUGCAGCUAAGAGUACCAAAAGUAUAAGAAGUUACAAAGCUUUAAGUGUACAUUCUAAUAAAAAUGGUUCAAAAUCAGUACCAAGACUCGUACGCAGUACCUCAAACACGAGAUUAGGAUCUGUGACCAGACGUGCACAACUUUCACCAAGAAAAGGAAUGAGCAGAAGCAAAACAACAGUAUUACCAUUAGAAACACAAGCUGACGCCAAUGAAGGUGGUAUGGCAGAAUUUAUGAAUGCAGAAAUGAGUAAUUGGGGAGAUGCAUCGCAAUCUGCAAGGUCCAAAAGGUCUACUAGAACAAGUAGAUCUGUGGCGAAAUCUAAAAUUUCUUCAAAAGCAUCACCUAGGAAAUCAAUACUAAGAAAGAAAUCACGGUAUAUGUCUACAGAAGAAUUUUUAACAGAGGAGGAAAAAUAUUAUCAGAGUCUUACGGGAGAAUCAAACCCUCCACCAAAUUCCGCCCCAGUCAUUGGAGCAGCCGAACGCAGCCUCAUGGAGGAAUACGAAGAAAUGGUGCGACGACGUAAAAAACCGCGUUCUAAGUUAAAGAAAACUGGUGCGAGUAGAAAUCCUUGGCAUUAAAAUAAGUUUAAUAUUUGUACACACGUUAUAAAUUUAUACUUACCAUACUCAAAUGGAACUUGUCCAUCUUUAAAUCUGGACACAAGUCCAUUCAUCUACUGACUGAAUAGCGGACAGUGCAAUUCAUGAUCACAUGACUAGGAUGAUCUUGGUAUGCACUUGUCGCAUAUUGAGAUUCCUAAACGUAAGCAGGCUAAAGGUUAAUUGGAAACCGAACAUGAACAAGUUGUCGGACGACAAAAAGUAAAGUUUCAUAGAGUAUCAUAAAGUUUUGUGAAGGCACGAUCAUUAUUAACUUCAAAAAACAUGCGAAAGACAACUGAAAAAAAAAUUUGUUCUCGUAUUCAAUAAUUGUACUGCACUUUCAUAAAAAAAAUUAAUACGUCAUUUGUACAUAAAUGCAGACACAAAAUAAUGCCAUAUUUGACAAAUAUGUCUAAAGACAUAUCCUCGCGAUUUGCACCCUUCGUGACGUCUUACAUACAAGCAUUUGGCUGCGACGGCUGCUGCAAAGGGGGCGGAGUUUCGGGUUUGUUUUCGCGGUCAUAUUUUUGCAAAUUAUGUUUGAUUUAAGAAAAUGUUUGGUCGUAUUUAAUCUGUAGCCAAAUGUUUGUAAGUAAGACAUUUAGUUAUUGUUAAAUCUAUUGUUGAUGUUUUAUUAUUUACCCCAUUUUAUGUAUAAAUAAUCAUUUGUCAUGUAUUUUAUUUGAUCUUUUUUUUCUUUGUAAUAAAUUUAUGAAUU